AUGAGCUUCAAGUACUUCACAGAUGAUAUAAUAGAGCAAUUUGCUGGAACUGGGAGCAUCGAAAUCUUUGAGGCGUUGGAUUCUUACGAAACAUCGAAUCCAGAAGCCGAGGAAGAAGUUGUCCUACUUUUCGCUGAAAUGAUCUUAUCAUAUGAAGAAGGGGCUUUGAAAAUGGAACACAUAGUCGAUUUUCUUAGUCAAUUGAUAAAGAAUGAUGAUGUAGCAAGAUUGUUCUGUCAAGUGUUGAAUUCAUUCCCCGUCACAGAAAAUACGCGAGCUUUACUAUCAACGCUUACUCAAAAUGAAAAUGUAAUCAAAUCGCACACGAUAUCAUUAUAUAUCAGUUCAGACUUUAUCAAGGAAACGGAUAUUGUCCCUAGUAAAGUGUUAUUGAAAUCAUUGAAUACAAAGUUGAGAGAUAAGUUGUACACGCAGAAAAAGUACAAUUUGUUACAUGAGGAGAUUGAAGGGUAUUCGAAAUUUGUUGUUGAAAUACAUGAUGCUUUUGCAGCAGAUGAUACUGAUUUGCAAAUUGAUUAUGCCUUGCAAGUUGUCGAGAAGUUGAUGGGCCACUACAGUCUUGACCCAAACAGGUGUUUGGAUAUUUUGUUUGAAAUUCUUUCUGAAGUCGUUGUGGGAAAGGUCGAUUCUGUUUUACAAUUUUUCAGAAAAAGUCGAUGGUGGCCUGCAUUGGAAAGUGAUAACUCCUCCAUCAAAUCGUUAUCAACUGGAGGAAGUGCCAUUGCAGCAAAAAUUAUUGGAUUAAAGAUAUUGAAUUAUUCGAAAACUAAAGACUUGCCUGAACUGUUCAAAGCUUUGGUGACAAUUCUCAUCAAGGAAGGAUUUAUAAGCUUUGGUUCUGUGUUCAAGUAUAUGCGUCCUGGCGAAGAUAUUAUGAAGGAACUCGAGGAUAAAUACAAUCGAAAAUUAGAGGAAGAGGUGUUGAAAGCUGGUGCGAAUGCUUUGGCUCUAGCUGCUCCUCUUGCCGAUGAUGAAAAUGAGGAUGGAAAGGACAAGAAACGACUCAGUACCCCAGCUGGAAGCAAGACUGAUUUGCAAUUACAUGUCAACUACAAAUACCAAUUUUUAAAGUCCUUUCUAAGCAACGGACUCUACUGGCCAUCAAUAUAUAUUUUAACUGCGUAUCCGGUUUUGGCAGAUAUAGAUGAGGAAAUUCCGAAGCUUUUGAUACGAGUGUUUGGGGCAAUGAUUGAACCAUUGUACAAGCAAAUUUCUCCAUUCGAAGCUGAAGAGCUUAAUUGUGUACAAGCUGCGAAGGGGGCUUACUUUCCUCGUUCGGGAAACAACGUUGCUAUUGAACCAUUCAAGCCAGCAGACUUUUAUACCUUUAAACCAAUAGGAAAACACCACACACAAAGAACAUUGCACUACUUUUACCAAAAUUGGACUAAAUAUUUGCCAAAGGUAGACGGUUUUGCUUCCUUGUUCAAAGUAUCACUGGAGAUGUUGAAGUUCGUUGGCUCCAAUUUGUCAAAAGAUGUUGAAGUUUUUAUCAAAUUGUGUGAGAUUAUUCAAUCACUCCAGUCUCAAGAAGAAUUAAAGGAAGACAUAUUUCACUACUUCAGAAACUACAUAUUCCCACUGAUGCCUCUAAUACUGGAAAAUUCAAUCGCAAUAGACAAGGCGUAUUCGAUUUUAGCUGUAUAUCCUGCUGAAGAUCGUUUCAGUGUUUAUGGCGAAUUGUACAACAAUUUAAGGAAAAACAAUACACUGAUCAAAAUUGCUUAUAGUAGCGCCGAAAAGGCAACGAAGGAUAUUUUGAAAAGAUUAUCGAAGGAGAAUGUGCGUCCAAUGAUGAGAAGGUUAGCUAAAAUCAGUUUUUCCAAUCCGCUUCCAUGUUUGUUGACAAUAUUACAACAAAUUGAAAGCUAUGACAACUUGAAUACUUUAGUAGUGGAAACAGCAAGGUACUUCAACAGCUAUGGUUGGGACAAUUUGACUAUUGCUAUUUUGAUCAGGCUUAGCUCGGAUCGAAGAUCACUUCACGAUAAUGGUAUGGGAGAAAGGCAAUGGCUCCAGUCGCUUGCGUCUUUUGUUGGAAAGAUUUGCCAAAAAUAUCAAAAAGCUAUUGAUACUAAAAUGAUAUUGCUUUAUUUGCUCAAAACAUUUUACACAGGAGAUAGAACCGGUUUGUCAGUAUUGAAAGAGAUGAUUAUUUCGAUGGGUGGGAUCCAAACCACUUCAGAUUUGACUCUUCGUCAAAUAGACAUGAUCAAUUGUGGAUCCGCUUUACAGAAAGUCGUUUACCGCACGAUCGACGACUUGAGGUUUGAUAGGUUUGAUUCAGGAACACACUUGUUGAAGUGCCUUGUUGACUUGCACGCAGUUAAUGAGUUUGUCAUCCUACUUUGCUCAAUGUACAACGACAUAGUCUAUGACGUGGACGAAAAUCAGUUGAAAGUGUUGGCUAAUAGAGUUGAUGAUUUAACCUCCGUGAUUAAGCUUUUUGUCACCUUGGUUUGCUUCUUUGGUGAUGGGAACACUGAAGUGAUGCCGAUUACGGAGUUGUACAAAAAGUACAAUGUACCCAUUGAGUGGGGAUUCGAUUUAUGGAGACAAAAAAAGGAUGCCUUUGAAACUCUACAAAGCCAGGGCGCUGACUUAUGCCCACCGGGUUUCCCUCCCAGCUUGUACACUUUAUUUUGGUGUUUGAGCUUGAAGGAUGUGAAUUAUUCGGCUCUGUUGUAUGAUGAAGAAUUAGGUAAGCUAGAGUCGAGUAUUAGAGGAUUGAGAGACGCUAUUAAUAUCAAUUCAAAGGACAAGGACUUUCCCAGGGCUACGAUUGAGAAGUUCAUGAAAGAUAUAGAAGAGAACGAGCUUUUCAUUAAAGAGAUACCAUUGGACAAGUUGAAACAUAAGGACUUGAAUGAAGCUACUAACCAGAAAAUGCGCAAUUUGUCAUUGGGUUGGUUUACUUCUGACGUUCCCACGAAAGUUGAAACAUUUAUAAAAUCGUGCAUACUACCAAGGGCAAUUCCUUCUUCAUUUGAUGCAGUAUAUUCAGCAAGAUUCCUUUUUAAAUUACAAGAGUUGGAAGUAGAAAAUUAUUCGCUCUUUGAUGUUUUGGAUGGAUUGACCAAGCUUGAGUUGUUAUCAUCAAGUUUGUUUUCCUCGACGCCUACUGAAGCUGAGAAUUUAGGAUUUUUCUUUGCCUAUAUAUUGAAGCGAUUGCAGGAGUUUACAGAUGUGGAAAUAGUCAAAGAAUUGCAUGUGAGUGAUUUUGAAAAGUAUCGCAAUUGGGUCUAUGAUUUCCAUAGUGUUAUAUUGUCUGAGGUGGAAAUUGCAUUGGAAACGAACGAGUACAUGUCACGCAGUAACACCAUCACCUUUUUGAAGAAUUUGCUUGGCGUGUACCCAGUUGUGGAGGAUCACUGUGAGAAGAUGUUGAGCUUGAUUGAAAAGGUUUAUACUGGAGAGGACAAGGAGGACAUCAAGUUAUCUUCAGGGGCAUUACUAAACCACCUUAAAUCGAGAGCUAAGCUUUGGAUACCAGUAUGGGACUUUAAAUCAAUUAGUGAAGAAGAAAAGCAAGAAAUCAUUGACAAGAAAGAAAAGCUUGAGAAAGAGAAACAAGAAGCAGAGAGAUUAUCUAAAGAGGAGGCCGAGCGUGUUGAGAAUGAAAAGCGUGAAGCUCGGUUAAAUGAGGAGAAGAAGGCAAAAGAAGAAGAGCUUAAAAAAAAACUUGCUACUAUCAAUUAUGGUUCCCGACUGAGACUUGCUAGUAGGUCAUCUAGUCGAAUUGUUGAAGCUAAGCCUAAGGGUAAAUAUGAUGAAUACCAAAGGAACAACGAGGAUAAGAUGGAUAUUGAUUCCAAUGAGGACAAAGUUCUCACUACUUUUGGAAACUCUGAAAAUAAGGCUGAACGUGCGGAACAAGAAGAGGCAAUCAAGAAGACAGAAUAUGAUGAAACUAGUGAAAAUGACAAGAUGGAAGAAAAUUCAACGAAGCCAUCGAAAGAAGAAGCUGAUGGUGAGACGACACACACAACAGGAGUCACAGAAGCUGAAUAUGCAGCUGAAGCGGAAGAUGAAGGCGUCAACAAAACACAAACUCUCAAUCUUGAAAAGGACGGAGAAGAUCGUGAAGAAAAUGGCGACGAUGUUACACAACCACAACAAGAGAGCGCAGCUGAACAAGAUAUCAAGCCAACGGAACUACUAAAGAGACUGUCUCUUCCACCCCAAAGUGAACUUCCAAAAGGUCCUGAAAUCAAAGAUAGCGCCAUUAAUAGGAGGAUUCCAUUACCACCACAAGAAAAACUUUUAGCUAGCGGGGAUCGAUCAACACGAUUUGGUGCGCGUGCAUCUGGAAUAGGAACAGGACCGGCUCCACGUAAGUUUGGAGAAUCUUUCAAUUUAUCCACUCCACCUCCACCACCACCCCCUCCUCCUCCAGUAUCCCAAUCCCGCUCAAAUUUUGGCUCUACACGUUCAUCCUUUGGUCAUCGAGAUCAAUAUGGUUCAUCUUCAAGAUCACAUACUACUUAUGACAAUAGACGUGGUAGGGGAUUUGAUAAUCGACCGGUGAACGGCCCGCGUGGUGGCCCUACCAAUUUUAAUUCCAACCGCUAUGAUGGGAGACAAGCUAGGAGCGACGGCAAUGGACCUGAUGGCGCAUCAUACGAAAACAGUAACAAAAGAAGAGCCGAUGGACAAGGAGGUAGAGGAUACGAAAAAAGGCAUAAAUAUUAG